AUUGUGGAACUGCAGUGCUGCGGCGAUGAAAUGAACGGGUAGUGGAAGUGGUGGAGGCGUGCGCGCGAGUGGAGGAAAGAGAGAGAGAGAGAGAGGGAGAGAGGGGGGCCAGCAGCUCGGCGAGACGAGGAACGGCGAGUCGUGGUGAGUCCCCUCACUCGUGGCUUGGUGUGCGUGAGGGACGGAGCCCAGUCGUGAGCCUCAGCAUUCCCCUCACCGCCGCUCACGCAAGAGGGGAUUAUUCGUGCUCGCAGCGAGUCCCGUGCGCGGGCUGCGUUUCCCAAAGGACCUCUCCUUUCGGCGAAGGCGGAUCCACCUGCAAUCUGUGUCGUAAAUGAGAUAUGUGUUACAGCACAAGCAUUGUGGAAAAGUGAAGUGUUACAUGGAUGAAAUAAAAAAGUCAGACCUCAUCAGAAAGUACUGAGUCGUGGUUAGUAUUCCCUGAACUUUUUUCCGGUGUGAAUAAUUAAGACAAAAAAAAAAUGAACGUCUAAGAAAAAAAUAGACACACACGAGGAAUGUUGACCCACGACACAGAGGUCACCAGGCUUGGAUAAGUGGGCGCAUGUCCGCCCUUUUUGUGCACCUUACCGGGUAUGCGCGCGACUGUCCGCCACGAAAGACGCCGCCCAUGAAACUGGCUCCUUCAAGUCGCUCGAACUCCUCCUCCGCCAUGAUCGUCACCGUCGCCUUCCCGCAGAACGGCUCCGCAAGGGCGGCUGCGGCUGCGGCCAAUGGCUCUGCAGGUUACGAUGCCGGGGCCGACGGGGCGACGCUGCGGGCGCCGGACACGCCCAACCAGGGGGGCACUUCCCUUUCUCGAAAGGAAUCGUACAAAGACCAGCGGCGCAAGUAUCGGUGUGAAAAGAAGAGAGUGGCCCGGGAACUUCUUAGCACCUUGAAAGACCCAGCUGUGGUUGUGCUGGCUGACUGGCUGAAGGUGCGAGGAUCUCUCAAAGGAUGGACCAAGCUGUGGUGCGUCCUAAAGCCUGGUAUGCUGCUGCUAUACAAGAGUGCUAAAGUGAAGAGUAGCCAUUGGGUGGGCACGGUGCUGCUGAACACGUGUGAGCUGAUCGAGCGCCCUUCCAAGAAAGACGGAUUCUGCUUCAAGCUCUUCCAUCCCUUGGAACAGUCCAUAUGGGCGACAAAAGGGCCAGAGGGGGAAACAAUGGGUGCGGUAGUUCAGCCAUUCCCCUCGUCCCACCUGAUCUUCCGAGCUCCCUCUCAGGCAGCCGGGAAAUGCUGGAUGGAUGCCUUGGAACUUGCUGUCCGCUGCUCAUCAAUUCUCAUCCGCUCUAUGACCUCAUCCAGUAAAGCGGAUGCUAACAAUUCUAUAACUUCCUCGACUUUAGCUGCAGACAAAUGGAAUGAGUCGGAUUAUGAGAAACAUUUUAAGGACCAGGACAUCUCAGAUGACUCAAGUGCUGGACAGAGUGCAGACAACAGCCCUGUCAUGACCCCUCAGUCAACAUGGAGAGACUGUAUCAUUCAACUCCCUGGUACAUCUAGUGUUGAAGUCACACCUACACAUAAGGCAGCAAUGCGUGGAGCAGCGCAACGUGAUCCUUCACCAACUCCUUAUUAUCGUAAACUUGCAGCUGCUAUUCAUAUGGCAGACCAGGAGCUAAAGGGUCAUCCAUCCAAUAAAAGGGUGUCUCUUACCCCAGAGGAUGCUUACUUUGCUGAUCAGUCUCAAACCAACACACCUGAGUUAUCAGAGAACCAGAAGAAGAACUACUUUUUCAAAGCAAUUCCCAAAGUUACAGAAAAGAACUUGAAGCCUGAAAAAGAUGACCUGGAUGAUGCAAGCCACACAGAUGAGAAUGAACAUCACCGUGAGUCAGGGCAUUUUUCUGGAGCCGAUGCCAUGUCAGGAACAGAGUCAGAGUCCGAGGACGGCUCCCACAAGGGCGACGAGGAGCAGAGGGAAGACGAGGAGUAUGACAGGGAGGAUGAGAUGACUCCAACUGAAUCUGCUUACGUGCCUAAUUUUGAAGGGGAAAUGGGAGAGGCUGGAGAACAAGUAGAGGAGUUGGAGGAAGAAAACAAAUCCCUCAUUUGGUUCUUGCUGAAGCAAGUUCGGCCUGGGAUGGAUCUCUCCAAAGUGGUGCUGCCAACUUUCAUCCUGGAGCCGAGAUCCUUCUUAGACAAACUCUCAGACUAUUACUAUCAUGCAGAUCUCAUUCCCAAAGCAGUACAAGAGGAUGACCCUUUUACACGAAUGAAAGAGGUUGUCAGAUGGUACCUCUCAGGAUUUUACAAGAAACCGAAGGGGCUCAAGAAGCCUUACAACCCUAUUCUUGGAGAAACUUUCCGAUGUUAUUGGAGACACCCUAAUGGUUCACGAACUUUCUAUGUUGCUGAGCAGGUGUCCCACCAUCCUCCAGUAUCAGCUGUCUAUGUAACUAAUAGACAAGAGGGAUUCUCUGUCACUGCAACUGUUUUAGCCAAAUCAAAAUUCUAUGGUAAUUCCACAUCUGCCAUAUUGGAUGGCAAUGUGCUCUUGACUCUUUUACCUCGUGGAGAGGAUUACGUCAUGAACAUGCCAUAUGCGCACUGCAAAGGAAUUCUAAUGGGAACUCUAACCAUGGAGCUAGGAGGAAAAGUCACCAUAGAGUGUGAAAAGACUGGCUACAGAACAGAGUUAGAAUUUAAAUUAAGGCCUUUCCUUAGUGGUUAUGAAGCAAACAACAUGGUGAGCGGCAAGAUAAAGUUGGGCAAGGACACAUUAGCAACUCUGGAAGGAUACUGGGACGGCAAAAUUUCCUUCACAGACAAACGUAAAGGGGAGGAGGAGGUGUUAUGGCAUGCUACCCCGGAGGUGAAGAUGCAGCGGCUCCAGCGAUUCACGGUAGCCAUGGACCAGCAGGGAAUAUUUGAGUCGGAAAAAUUGUGGCAGUUAGUUUCAUUAGCCAUCAAGAAUGAUGAUCAGGUUGCAGCUACAGAAGAGAAAACCAUUUUGGAAGAAGCCCAACGCAGUGAAGCAAGAGAAAGGAAAGCAAAAUGUGAAGAGUGGGUUCCUAAGUAUUUUACACAGGAACCAGUGAGUGGAGUUUAUGUUUACAAACACUCAGAUCUUCGACCUUGGGACCCAAGAACAGAUCUCUUCCAGUAUGAGUUCAAUUAUAUAAUAUCAACUAAGACAAGGCAUAAAGCACCAAUGAUAAGGACAGCAUCCAUUGUCAGUGUGGAUCCAAAGUGCGAGGUCGUGCGCAAGGAUGGAGUGCAGAGACUAAGAGGAGUGUUGGAACUAGCAGCAGCUGAAGAAACGAGUUCUGGUGAUCAUGAUGACCUCCAGGAUAUGCCUGAGCGUCCUGCUAGCACAGCGCCUCUGCCUGCUAAGAGACAGAGUCAUUCAUUAUCACCCAGCAUCCUUGAAGCUCUCAAUAAGAUGUUGGUUACACAAGAUAGUCUCGUAACAGAAAUGAAGGGUUUACGCCAAGAUGUAGAUGGUCUGCACCGCCGCCUAUCAGCUAUGGACAGUCCCAAGCAUCGGGCCGCUUUGCGUGCUUCUACUUCUCAGGAAUCCGCAAGUCCUUUAUCCACUCAGUCUUGGGCCUCGAUUCUCGUUGCUCUCAUUUUUUACUCACUGAUACAGUGGCUGGUGGAGAAGAUACGCUCAUAGCCACAGGUGCUGGGUAGAUUGUUUACUCAUCCAAAUUGUUAUAGUUUUAUGUAUGUGGGGGCUUUUAUCAUUAAAGUCUCCUGUAUAGUAUUAAUUUCCCAAAGUUUUCAUAAAAAGAAGUGGAUUGGGGCAAAAUUCUUUUUAGUGACAAAUAUAAUGUAUUUUAACAUUUGUCAAAAUAUUUGACAUUAGUAUUUUCCCUCACAGGGAAUGAGUUUUUUUACAUGUAAAAAGGGAAUAGAAAAAGAAGCAAUUUUCUUGUAUAUUCAAACUCCAGACUGAAUCCUUUUACUGUGAUUAACAUUCCAUUCUCAGAUGGUCUCUCUCUCUCUCUCUUUCUCUCUCUCUCUUUUCAUGUACAUGGCUGAAAAAGAGGGAUUUAUUGCUUUUUAUGUUGUUUUUUCUUCUUUUUUCCAUGCCACACAACAUCUUUCUCGUUGUUUGAUCUGAAAGAGGGGAACUUUUGUUAAAUGUUUUGCAAUUGCUGCAUUGUUUUAUGUAAAAGAUUUUUUGUUUGUGCAUUUUCAUUCUUUUUUUUUUUUUCUUUUCUUUUUUCUUUUUUUCUUUUUUUUUCACAUGGUUUAUUGCAGCUUAUGACAUAUAGUAAAAUAUGUAUUAGCAUUUUAUUAUGAUCAUAAUGAUUUGAACAUGAUGACCUUCAUUAAACAGAUCUAGAUAAGUGUUAGGGGAUGUUUACCAUAAUGAAUUGGAUUCAUUUUGUUCCUAUUAUUCAGUUCCUUUCUGUGCCUGAUUAUUCUGCCUUUAGUUCAUGCUAUGUCUGGGUGCAUCACACAGAAUCUCAUAUACUUAUUAUGCUGUUCACUAUUACAGUCAGAGGAAGAAAAGUGCCACUGUGGGUAGCUCACGUGAUCAUUUAUACUGUACAAAUGUUUGAAAUGCAAGUAGUAUUUAUUUAUUAUUAUCAUUAUUAUUUUCAUUUUCCUGCUGGAUACUGAAGCUCUCGUGUCUUUCCUCUUCUGUUUUUUGUUUUGUUUUUUAUAGUUUUUGUUUUUCUCUUUUCUCUACUUGUCUAGUAUUUUGUUUUCAACUGUUUCUCUCUUGCUCUUUAUUAUUGACAUUAGUUAUUAAAAGCUCUUGUUAUUUACUUAUUUUCAUGUUUUGCAUUAUUCAUCGUGUUAGAUAUCCUAUUGUCACAUGCAUUGUGUCAUUCUGUCAUCAAAUGUGUUUUAUUAUAAUGCUGUCUCUGUUUUUAUCAUAGAUUGGGUAUAAUAGUUUAUGAUCUGGCUAAUGCAUUCUCUUGAAUACAUGAUCUGGAAUGGAUACUGUGCCUGUUACUCAUUGGCUGAAGGUACAUACAGUACAUGUUUCAGGCAAGUUGAGAUCAUACAUCUUGAGCAAUGCCACGGUCGAGUCUGCACUGUAUAAGUCAAAUGGGUACAAGGUUGACUCAGGUAGCAUAAGUUAUUAGUUGGAAUGUAUGAUAUUUAUGAUAUCAUUGAUAUAUAAAAAUAGCAUUACUUGGGGAGGUUCAGAGUAUGAUGAUAGAAUGAUACAAUAUAUGUGAAAUUAGAACACAUGAUAUGGUGGUAAGCAUGAAAUAUAAUGGUUAGCAAAUAGCAUGUACUGUAUGUAUAUUCUCUCUCUCUCUCUCUCUCUCUCUCUCUCUCUCUCUCUCUCUCUCUCUCUCUCUCUCUCUCUCUCUCUCUCUCUCUCUCUCUCUCUCUCUCUCUCUCUCCCCCCAUCCAUCUGUUUCUCCCACCCUUAAGUUCUUUUCUAAGAAUUAGUGUAAGGCGUUAUUUGGAAGAAGUAUUGCAGUGAGGUAUGUUCCUCUUUUAUGAUUUGUGUCCUGUUCUGCUUUUUUUUUUCUUUUUUUUUUAUAGAUUUUCCUAAGUUCAUAUCAUUUACUAAAAUAUGCUAAUUAUUUAUUAUUUUUUUUUUUUUUUCUUUGGAUAAUAAUAAUAAUAAUAACUGGAUGUAACAGAUCGCAAUGUUAUGAUGAAACCACACACAAGCACAGCAGCCUAUGCAUAGCAGUACAUGCCCAUAUACAUUCAUGCACAUAUAAACAUACGCAUGUAUA